GGGCGCGGUGCAUUGUGGGCAGAGGGGCGGGGGUUGGGAAGAUGGCGGCUCCCAGCCUCCUCAACUGGAGGCGGGUUUCUUCCUUCACGGGGCCGGUCCCCCGCGCCCGGCACGGACACCGAGCGGUGGCCAUCCGGGAGCUGAUGAUCAUCUUUGGAGGGGGCAACGAGGGCAUCGCGGAUGAGCUGCACGUCUACAACACCGUUACAAAUCAGUGGUUCCUACCAGCUGUUAGAGGAGACAUCCCUCCAGGUUGCGCUGCCCAUGGAUUUGUCUGUGAUGGUACCAGAAUUUUAGUAUUUGGGGGAAUGGUUGAAUAUGGAAGAUACAGCAAUGAGUUAUAUGAGUUACAAGCAAGUCGUUGGUUAUGGAAAAAAGUGAAACCCCAUCCCCCUUCUUCUGGUUUACCUCCUUGUCCUCGACUGGGACAUAGCUUCUCUUUAUAUGGUAACAAAUGCUAUUUGUUUGGUGGCCUGGCAAAUGAAAGUGAAGAUUCGAACAAUAAUGUUCCCAGAUAUUUAAAUGACUUCUAUGAGUUGGAGCUACAGCAUGGUUCUGGUGUUGUGGGUUGGAGCAUUCCAGUGACUAAAGGGAUUGUGCCUUCUCCAAGAGAAUCCCACACAGCUGUUAUAUAUUGCAAAAGAGAUUCUGGAAGUCCUAAAAUGUAUGUUUUUGGUGGAAUGUGUGGAGCUCGCCUGGAUGAUCUAUGGCAACUUGACUUAGAAACUAUGUCAUGGUCAAAACCAGAAACUAAAGGGACAGUGCCACUUCCACGAAGCCUUCAUACAGCCAGUGUUAUAGGAAAUAAGAUGUACAUCUUUGGUGGAUGGGUUCCACAUAAGGGGGAGAAUAUUGAGACUUCACCUCAUGAUUGUGAAUGGAGGUGUACCAGUUCAUUUUCUUACCUGAAUCUUGAUACAGCAGAAUGGACAACCCUAGUAUCAGAUUCUCAGGAAGAUAAAAAAAAUUCAAGACCAAGACCCAGAGCUGGACACUGUGCUGUUGCAAUUGGCACUCGAUUAUAUUUUUGGAGUGGAAGAGACGGCUACAAAAAAGCACUGAAUAGUCAAGUUUGCUGCAAGGAUCUUUGGUAUCUUGAUACUGAGAAACCACCGGCACCAUCACAAGUACAACUGAUCAAAGCCACUACCAAUUCUUUUCAUGUCAAAUGGGAUGAAGUGCCUACAGUCGAGGGCUAUCUUUUGCAGUUGAAUACAGACUUGCCAUACCAAGCUGCAUCAUCAGAUUCUUCAGCAUCACCAAAUAUGCAAGGAGUCAGGAUGGACCCUCACAGACAAGGCAGUAAUAGCAUCAUUCCUAACAGUAUCAGUGAUAUAGUGAACAGUGUGAAAUCUGAACAUACAGCCAUGAAAGGAACUUCAGUGAAAAACAAACCAGAUAUCAAAGCAUCAACUGAUUCUAAUGCCUCUUUGCAUUCAUCUUUGGCAGCUAAUGCUUCUAAUCAUAAUAGUUGUGUGGUGGAUAUGCUAAGGAAAAAUGAAGGUCCUCACACUUCAGCAAAUAUAGGUGUUCUAAGUAGUUGCCUGGACUUAAGAACAGUAAUCCCUGAAACUUCUGUAUCCAGUACUGUUUCCAGCGCACAAACUAUGGUAACCCAGCAGACCAUUAAAACUGAAUCAUCCAGUACAAAUGGGGCAGUUGUUAAAGAUGAAACUUCACUAACAACAUUCAGUACCAAAGCUGAAGUUGAUGAAACAUGUGCACUACCUGCAACUAAGAUAAGCCGUGUGGAGGCACAUGCUGCCACGAUGCCGUUUUCUAAAGAGACUCCUUCAAAUCCGGUGGCCAUGGUGAAAGCAGGAGAACGACAGUGGUGUGACGUAGGAAUUUUUAAAAAUAAUACAGCUUUGGUGAGCCAGUUUUAUUUGCUGCCAAAAGGGAAGCAAAGCAUUUCAAAGAUAGGAAAUGCAGACGUACCUGACUACAGUUUACUUAAGAAACAAGAUCUUGUUCCAGGCACAGGAUACAGAUUCAGGGUUGCUGCCAUCAAUGGUUGUGGAAUAGGCCCUUUCAGCAAAAUCAGUGAAUUUAAAACUUGUAUUCCCGGUUUUCCUGGAGCUCCUUCUGCGGUCAGAAUUUCAAAGAAUGUCGAGGGCAUCCAUCUUUCCUGGGAACCUCCAACUUCACCUUCUGGAAAUAUUUUGGAAUAUUCAGCCUACUUGGCUAUCCGCACAGCACAAAUACAAGAUAAUCCAAGUCAACUUGUGUUUAUGAGGAUUUAUUGUGGUCUUAAGACAUCAUGUAUAGUAACUGCUGGGCAGCUUGCAAAUGCACAUAUUGAUUAUACAUCCAGGCCUGCCAUUGUGUUCAGGAUAUCAGCAAAGAAUGAAAAGGGAUAUGGACCAGCUACACAAGUUCGAUGGCUUCAAGGUAACAAUAAAAAAGCACCUUUAAAUUGAUUUUCUUUUUUUUUUUUUUACUGAAGCUAUUGUGAUGAUUAUUUAUUAGUAACUGGUUUUGGAGAUUUGUCAUUUAAAAGAAUAUUCUCUGACUGUAUUUCUAGCAGUUAUGAAUUUGAGUUUGUAAGUUGUUCUUAAAAUGUAUUUGCUCAAUUCUAGAUCCAAAUAAAAAUAGAAAAGAAGCAAAGCCUCUCUGAAAAUCAGUAUAUGAAUUCUUCCCUCUAGUUAUAGCUCUAUUAUAAAGAAAAAUAGUAAAAUUAAGAUAAAAGCUAAAGGCUUUAUUACCCCAAUAUCUUUUAUAAAGGCCAUGUAACUCAGUCAUCCUGGAGUUAUUGAGAUGAUUCUAGUAACUGGCUGUUAUACACUGUGCUGUCUUAUAUGGUAAAUGUUACCUACACUGAAAAGGUCCAGUCUUUGAGUACUCCCUCUCACUUUAUUCUAUAUGAGCAGUGGUCCUCUAGCAACUAUCUUCUACUGGACAAUAUUUGUAAUACUGAUUUUAGGAGCCAUUUGAUUCAUUUCUUUGUUUAUCUACAGUUAGCACAGAGCUUAAGAAAUUAAAAAAAAGAAAGAAGCAAGUUCAGAAACUCUGCUUUGGAAUUUUUAUCAUUUUCCAAGAAUCAUGGCAACAUACAAAAAGAUUAAUGGGUUUUCUCGAUUCAUACCAGGUUGAUAUAUUGAAAUAUAUUUUUGGCCAAAGCACUUACCUGGCCCUCAGUUUCCUGAUUAAUAGAUGAGGGAGUUAAAAAAAAGUUUACCUUUAAGGUACCUUUCAGCACUUAAAUUCAGUAUGUUCAUUAAAAGUGAAGUUUAUCCCUAAAUAUUUUAACAUCUGUCUUAAUGGAUCUAAUUUUGCUUUUGCUGAAAUUAAAAUGUUCAUAAUUAAAAAUUCAGAGAUUUUUGUCCUCCUUAUCACAGAAAGAAAGAAGCACCUUAACAGGACAUGAGUUUUGAAAUAGUGUUUUAAACAUUUGUAAGAUUUUUGUAAAUGCUCUAAAUGUUUUAUUUUUGCAUUGUUUUUACCUUGAAAUUGUAUAAACUUUUUUACAACUGAAAUAUAAGCAUUAGACAGCUUACUCAGGUUCCACUACAACCUUAAAGAUACAUAUAGGCAUUAUGGAAAGUCUGCUACAGGUGACUUGUUUUAAACCUUUUAGGAAUUUCAUGGUUCCACUGUCUAUUCGAAUCCAGAAUAAAUAUGUAGAGCAAUAAUUGCAGAAAAGACAUUUCAGACUAAGCUGCAGUAACUGCAGGAGCACAGGUCUGUCCUUUUUAUAUCAUGUAACCUUUUGCCAGUUGAGGUUGACUGAGUAGCUAUGUCCUCAAACUUCAUGUAUAAUACUCCCAGCAAAGAUGGAUUUAAUUGUGCAGAACUGAUAUGUAUGUAUGUUCCAGUUACUAAUUUAAAGUGUAUAGAAUAUUUUAAUAUAUAAUUUUUGUAAAGAACUGGGAUUUUUAUACUACGGUAUUUGUAAUUAAUGUGUCUUCACUAAUUAAGUUUCUCUUGAAGAAAAUAUGCAAACUGUUAGACACGUAUUGAGAGAUUUCCAAACUCUAAAGGUAAAAUAAAUGCACUACUGUGGUGUUGUUAGAAUACCUUUUUUGUGGCUAUAUGAAUCCUUGAUCUCUAAAUGUGUACUUUACAAACAGUGUUUACAAGGAGCUUCUCUGGUUUGUUAGCCCAGCACCUGCCUUGGUGAGAGCUUCAUUCUGCAUUUGUUUAACUCAUAUGCAUUGCUUUUGGCAUAUGCUUGCUUUUUGCACUAGUAGAAUUUUAACUUACCUCAUUAUUAUGUUUGUAAUCAUUUGUAUAGCUUCCAUAAUAUGUCUGAUAUAGGCUAAAGAAGUACUUAACCAAAGUUAAAAUAAAUGGUAAGCAAUUUUGCACAUAUUAAAUGCUAGGGUUUGUUGUAUAUGUGUGUAUGUUUAAUUAUAAAAAGAGUAAGAAUGGAAAGUUACAGUAAGUAUAUAUUUCAAGCCCAGUCAUUUUAUAAUCUACUUGCUUUAUUAGGAAAAGGUCUGGCUUUUAACCCCUUAUUCCCAUUAAGGAUUAACAGUUUGUUAAUCAAACUGCAUUAACAGUUUGCAUCUUGAAGCACUUCUCUUAAUGAUAAGGAAUAAGUUGACUUUAAGCAAAGAAUAGAAUAUUUGAGUGUGUACAUUUCUAACUAUUUAGUAUUUUGUUUUUUAGUUUACUUUGCUUAAAUGCCUCUUCUGUUCCAGACUAGCAGGUGAAUAUGAACCUGUGGUUCUAAAAUAUGUCUUAUUUUCUAGAGUGAAAGGCAGUCUUUGUAUACCAAGGGAUUUACUUUGAGAAUUAGCCCAAAUUCUUAACAUUUUUUUUUAUAAUUGUACAUUAACUUCUAGUCAUAUUUAUCCCUUUGAUAAAUGGUUGGUGACUGAAAGAUGCCAUAGAGAAAUCUCUGUGGCUUGGACAUUAAUAGUUAAUAAAAGAUCGUUGAGCUAUAUGUUUAUGAACAGAAUGGAUGGAGAUAAAUAAUAGGAGAAGUGCAUUUAGCUUCUUAUGAUUUGCACAUUUUCUAAGUGAAGAUCCUCUGGUGUUGCAGUGGGUUAUAACAUGCAGAUAUCUUUCGUAAGAGGAUUUACACUGAGUUAAAUUACUUUCUUUACUCCCCCUAGCUGAAUAAGCAAUUCAGAUGUACAAGUCUUUGUGCCACAAUCCUCCUGGACUCUGCAGCUUUGGUUCACAUAGUAGUAAAAAGAUUUUUCUGUAGCACGCUCUUAGAAUUAUGUUUUCUAAAAUAUUGUACUGACUUCAUUUUAGUUUAGUAAACUUUCUGGCAACUCAACUAGAAGUAGGGUAUUAUAAACUCACUUUUACCCGCAUUAAAAAAAAAAAAAAAAAACCAGAAAUAAUCUGAUUGCAUGUAUGAGCGAGCCCCUGCUCCCUCUAACCCAAUCGCAUAAAUAUAAUCAUCUGUAAGAAGGUUAAACUGUUGAUCCAUUAUUUCAAAGACUUGUAGACUAGCAGAGUUUUGUUGCAGAGAUAUGGUCUAUAGAACUGGAGAUAUUUUUAAAAUUGCAGCAUUUGUAGCAUAAAAAUAACUUGUAACAUUGGAUAUGAAGAGAUUAUUCGUAUUUAAAAGUAUUGUAGUCGUCUGAUCUUAAAUGAAGUAGGUUACAAAAUAGACUUGGUCCUUGACCAUUGAAGGUAUAAGUAACUGACAGUUAUGUUUUCCAAGACUAAUUUUAGGCAGUUUUAUGUACUGUGUACCAGUGACAUGUCAAAUAAAGCACCUUCUCUACUGUAACCA